AUGUACAAAGAUACUCUAAUGAAAACUCCAGAUGUUUCAUGCAGUGAUAUGUAUAAUAAUCUGUCAAAAGCCACGGGUAUAGGUUAUGAUACAAUAAUGAAAACUAUCGUCGAGUAUAAGCAAAAGAACACUGUGACUUCUCCAAACACGAAGCGAGUAAAAACAUCGCUUUUUAAUAAGAUCGAUGAUUUGGACCGCAAUGGACUUCGGCAAAAGGUCCAUUCAAUUUGGUUGCGGCGUGAACUCCCUACAAUCGAUAAAAUUUUGUUUGAAGUUAACGAAGAUCCGUCGCUCCCCAACUUCAAGCGUACUACUUUGUACAACAUUAUAAAAAAAUUGGAUUUUGUGUUCACAAAGAGGAAAAGGUGCAGUGUCUUGACAGAGAGAGAAGACUUGAUUGUUUGGCGCCGCAAAUAUUUAUAUGACAUCCGUAAGUAUCGAAACGAAGGUCGAUCGAUUUACUAUUUGGAUGAGACGUGGUUGAACGCAGGUGAUUGUGUAGACCGGGUGUGGAUAGAUAAAACGGUACGGUCCAAACACGAUGCAUUCAACAAGGGUCUAACAACCGGGCCGACAAACCCAACUGGUAAGGGGAAACGGUUGAUUGUGUUACACAUCGGUUCAGACAAAGGAUUCCUCGAGGGUGGGCUGUUAUGUUUCGAGUCCAAAAAGAAUAGCACUGACUACCACGAUGAAAUGAACGGCGAUAAUUUCAAAGAGUGGUUUCAGUCUAUUCUUCCUCGACUUGAUCCUCGUUCUAUUAUUGUUAUGGACAAUGCACCCUACCAUUCAGUCCAAAACGAAAAAUAUCCUACUUCAAGUGCAAGAAAAUCCGUGAUAUUGGAGUGGCUUAAUGCGAAAGGAGUUACUUUCGACAGGCCGAUGCUAAAGCCUGAACUUUUAGCUAAGGUACGGGAGUUAAAACCACGCGAGAAAUCGUAUGUUAUAGACAACUUGGCUAGCAACGCAGGGCACACCGUUCUCCGAUUACCACCGUACCACUGCGAAUUCAAUCCAAUUGAACUAGCGUGGGCGAUGGUAAAAGGCUACGUCAAACAGGAGAACACAACAUUUAAAGCUGACGAUGUCCGCCGACUUCUCAAUACGGCAAUUGGCAGAGUUACACCAGAAAAUUGGCAAAACUUUAUCAAGCAUGUGAUUGAUGAAGAAAACAAGAUUUGGAAAGUUGACGACAUCAUGGACGAGAUUAUUGAUGGAAUGGAACCAUGUGUGCUAACCAUUACAGGAGACACAUCGAAUGACUCUUCUGACUAA